AUCAGCGCAAUCUUUUAUUCUAUCGGUCUUGAUUCAUAUAUAUGGUAUUUACAACGAAAUUAUAGCUUAAUUUCUUUUCAGGUUCAAAUAAUCGACGGCGGCGAAGGUAAAUGCAAAUCCAUUUUAAGGCAGCACCCGAGCAUCUCAAUCGUGGUGGAUUUUUGCAUGGAGGUUUUACAGCUACUAUCGUUGAUAUUGUGACCACAUACGCCCUAAUGUCGCAACCUUGUCAACCUGGUGUAUCGGUUGAUUUACAUGUUACUUACUUAAAAGCUGCUAAAGAAGGUGAUGACAUCUUUGUUGCUGCUAAUACUCUUCGAACGGGGAAAAAAUUGGCAUUUAUCGAAUGCGUUUUGCAGAAACAUGAUGGGACUAUUAUCGUAAAAGGAUGCCAAACGAAAUUCAUAGACCUAUAACGUUUACGUAAUUAACAGUACAUACAGAUCUAAAAUUGAGUAGCAAAUUUUUUUGAUCAAUAUCAAUGAUUUUCUUGUAGUUUUAUUGAAGCCAUAUGAAACAAACCUUCCUUACAGACUAUAGACAAAAAUUAGGUACUUAAACGAUUAAUGUAAAACAAAAAGCAGUCUGCAAUUUAGAGAUCAAAGAGAUAAUAAAUAAAGAAAAAUCAAGUUGAUAGAAUUC